UUUCUGAGUGUUGUCAUCUAAAUUUCUUUUGAUCUUUGGCCAUUGUUUAUGGAAGUUGAUGCAUGUAAACUUCUUUGAACUUACUUUCCCUAUUUUUUGUUGCAUUUGCAGGGUAAAUAAACCUUAUUUACCUAGAGCUGCAGGGGAUCUCUCAGUUAAAUCGGCAUGGUUCUUGGUGAUAUUUUUUGCAGUGACUGGCCUGUUGACUGUUGGAUUAAAUUUUGGGCCAUUUAUUACUUCUCUCUAUACUCCUGGUCUCUUCCUUGGUACCAUCUAUUCUGAUCCUCCAUUUAGAAUGAAGAGAUUUCCUGUUGCUGCGUUUCUUAUAAUUGCUACGGUACAGGGAUUCCUUCUCAACUUUGCUGUAUAUUAUGCCACGAGAGCUGCCCUUGGUCUUGCAUUUGAGUGGAGUGCACCAGUGGCUUUUAUUGCUACUUUUGUGACAUUGUUUGCUCUGGUGAUUGCUAUAACAAAAGAUCUUCCAGAUGUUGAGGGAGACCGCAAGUAAGUUGCUAGGCUUUUACAUGGUUGCUGCUGGUAAAUUUACUUUUAUCUUAAGAGCUGCUGAUUAGUUGUAUGAUUUGAAAUUACUUUUUGUGUGAAAGAAACAAACAAGGAUCCAAAAGUGUGGUUAUUUAUCCUGAUUUUACCCACAGACAUCAUGUUUUC